UCGCCGCUAGAGAAUGCAAUAUCGAUAUUCGUAUUGCAUGUGCUAUUAGUUAAGUUUGAUUUGAACUACGUGUUUUUUAUAUUUUAAAAGGAUUGUUUAGCAAAUUAAUACAAUGGGAAAGACUAAAAAAACUCGUAAAGUUGUAAUGCAGAGGUUUGCACAGAUGAAGAAGAUGAUCAGUCCCAGUGAUUCAAGAAUAAAACCAGAGCAGCGAGCAGCAUCAAAGAGAACUAAGCCUGAUGAUCCAUUUAAAUUAAAGACUCAUGAAGCGCCUCAGCAAUCUGCAGCAUUAUUCUUCCAAUACAACAUGCAAUUAGGACCUCCAUAUCACAUUUUAAUAGAUACAAAUUUCAUUAACUUUUCGGUUAAAAACAAAUUAGAUAUUAUAGAAAAUAUGAUGGAAUGUUUAUAUGCAAAGUGCAUACCUUAUAUCACAGACUGCGUAUUGGGAGAAUUAGAGAAACUCGGUCAGAAAUAUAAAGUAGCUUUAAGGAUUAUAAAGGAUCCCAGAUUCGAAAGAUUACCUUGUAUGCACAAAGGAACCUAUGCCGAUGACUGUCUUGUUAAUAGAGUGACGCAACACAAAUGUUAUAUUGUUGCAACCAAUGACAAAGAUUUAAAAAGAAGAAUACGAAAGAUACCUGGUGUACCGAUAAUGUAUGUUUCUCAACAUAGAUAUACUAUUGAAAGAAUGCCGGAUGCUUAUGGUGCACCUAAAAAGUGAUACGCAUUGAUCCUGUAAUUAAUUUAAUAAAACCAACAUCUAUACCUAUUACUAUUGGUAUAAUAAACGCUACUAUAUCAUUAGUAUCAUUUAUUAGAAAAAUAUUGUACAAAAAUAAAAUUUGUAUAUUUUGUUA